UAUCCAUGGGUGCGUUCCGAGUCACGCAUGAAGCGCGUGGACUGCAAUACUGAUGCACAACGCUUUAAAAUCGUUCCGUUUUUUCAAUGCGCGCAUAACACGCACGAAGCGCUUAUGAAUUCGGACCGGUUUCCUGUGCGAGCUGUGCACUGAGUGGACUGAAGUGGGUUGAGUGGUAAUGUUAAAAAUGGAUGCCGAACGAAACAUCAAGAAACGAUUUACAGUAUCAAUGGUUACUUCAUUGAUAUUAGACAAAAACUUCGAAAGUGACAGCUCACAAUCGAGUGAGAGUGAACAUGAAAAUGAAGACGAAACAUUAAGGGAUAUGCAAACAUUAUAUUGUACACUAAUGGGGAGUAAAGCACGUGGGAAAAUGAUUGCAACCGAAAAAAUUACCGAUUAUGUUGAUCGUGUAAUUCCUAAUUACUCCGAUAUUGCAUUUAAAGAGUAUUUCAGAAUGUUUCCGGCAACAUUUGAAAUGAUUUUAUCAUUAAUCGGACCAGCGCUAAAUAAGACAAAUACCGUAACUGGAACAAAACCAAUUUCAGUAGAAAAACAACUAUAUAUUACUCUGUGGUUUAUGGCUACUCCUGAUUCGUAUAGAUCCGUUUGCGUCAAAUUUGGAGUAGGUAAAACAACGGCUUUUAGAGCCGUAAGACGUGUAACCUAUGCAUUGCAUUGCAUGGCGCCUCGAUUCAUUCAGUGGCCUGAUGAAGCUGUUGCUACUAACAUCAGCGAUCAAUUUUUAGAAGCUAGUGGCUUUCCAAAUGUAAUCGGUGCUAUAGAUGGAACUCAAAUCAAGAUCCGAGCACCACCAACAGAUUCAGUUUCAUACAUAAACCGGAAAGGUUUCCCAUCAAUCUUCAAGUAGUUUGUAAUUCGAGGGGUCUCUUCACACACUGCUAUGCAGGUCAAGUGGGAUCAGUACAUGAUGCUCGGGUUUUCAAAAACUCUCCAGUAGCACAUUUUCUUGAGAGACCUGAGGUGUACUUCCCUAACAACUCUCAUAUUAUUGGAGAUGCAGCAUAUCCGAUUCAUCCCCACGUAAUGGUUCCAUUUCGAGACAAUGGACAUUUGACAAAUCAGCAAAAAAAUUUUAAUUAUUGUCUAUCUUCAAUAAGA